AUGUUAGUCCAAGUGAUUAUUGUUUUAAUUUGCCAUCUUGUUGAACCCAGGCCUAUUGAUGAUAAUAAGCUAGACGAAGCAAAAAGUCAAUUUUUAGAUGAAAAUAAAUCUUCAUACAUCUGUGAAUUAUCCCCAUUUAGUGAUGAAGGACAUUAUUUCCUACCCAAUGACCCGGAGCGAUCCAACAUUACCGAUGGAGAGCCAGGAAUAAAAUUACAUUUAAUCAUUAGGCUAAUAAAUGCCCGUACCUGUGAACCAUUGAAAGGCGUUUAUGUACAUAUUUGGCAUGCAAACGCUAAAGGUGAAUAUUCAGGUAUAGACUCAUCUCAUCAAAAAUCUGGUAUUCUGUUCAAUAACGGACGCAAGUCAAGAAGUCUUAACAUUGUUGGUGAAAAGGAAACCGAUGAUUCGUUCGAUGAGUCGAGAGUGUAUCAAAAAACUCGUGACACAAGAACAAAACUAACACCAGAACUCAACAAUCCACCCAAUUAUGCUUCAAAUCCAGAAAAUCUCAAUUCCAAUUCCAAAUUGAAUCUUAUCAAGAGGAGCGCAGCACCAGCCUCAAUGAAAAGCCAAAAUUUUCUUCGAGGUUACCAAAUCUCUAAUUAUGCUGGAGAAGUAUCGUUUGCAACAAUCAUUCCAGGCUGGUAUAAAGGUCGGGCUCAGCACAUUCACAUUGAGGUUUAUCCUGACAAAUCAACUUCCAAGCCAAUGUAUAUUGGUCAACUUUUUUUCAACAAACUUUACCACUUGACAGAAAGGAAAGAAUACGAAUCGAAAAAUAAAUUGGCCAGUCGAGAUGAUGGUAUUUAUAAACAUUUUGAAGGUGACAGAACCACAAUUUCGAUGGCAGAUAUUGGACCAAAUAUGCAAGGAAUCAUUACACUCGGAGUGGAUCCAGAAAUGACCAAGAUUUUUGAUUAA